ACUUCGUUUUUAGUUGGAAUUACUUUGUUACAGCGUAUCUUUUGUGUGUGAAGUUAAUGUGUGAGUGUUGUGAACCUGAUUUGUGUUUUGAAACAGUUGGGACUUCACACGGUCUCAGGGGAUCUAGUCUGCCUUGUUUCACACCUUAUUACUUGUCACGUUGGUGGAUUACAGCUCCCUGAUUGGCUCAUCUUCUAAAUAGUCUUAUUUGAUUGGGUGGCGCUCCACUAGGAAGCUAUGUUGGGGUAUUUUUCACGUUAGCCCAUUACCACCCUCAGAAACAAUAGCCCCUCUUUAAUUGUCCUGUUCUCAUUUAACAAUUAACUUCUAUCUGGCAAAUUGGCACGGAAAGGUGCCUCUCAAGCUUACGGUAUUGACCUGAUAUACGUGACAAUGUGUGUACAAACAGCCAAUCAGAAGCAAGCAAUUCGCCCACGUGACAUCCGGCUACCCAAUCAGGUGGUCCCAUUAGAGCACGGCAAAUCACUCGACCCUAUCAGGAGAGAUUAGUUCCCCGAUAACACAUGACUUUUAGAGCAGCUGUAUGCGAUUACAGAGCCAGAUUGAUCAUGUAGAUGGAGUUUUCUCCUCCUCCUUUCCUUCUUUAUUUUGUGUUCCUCCUCCUCGUCCAGCCCGCUUCUGUUUACAGGGCUGUCAGUAACACUAGCUUUACCGAUUCCGCGUCCUUUUCGUGCGACAAGUUACCGGGGCUGUCUGCCCAUCAUCUCUCUCUGUGUCGGCGGUAUCCUAACCUCAUGAGAUACGUCCAGGAUGGCAUCAGAAGGGCCCAGGAGGAAUGCCAGACCCAGUUCCGAUACAAUAGAUGGAACUGCACUUCUAUAGACAACAGACCUUUCAUGAAGCUUCUAGAACGAGGUUUCCGAGAGUCGGCGUUUUCAUACGCCAUAGUUUCCGCCGGUAUUACGUACAUGUUGACUAACGCGUGCGGACAGGGCGAGUUUCCAGAGUGUUUCUGUCAAGGCGGAGACUUUUUCAACUCCAACAUCACCGCCAACGCUACAUCCUUCCACUAUACGAACGGGAGCUCGUGGCACAUGUCAGGAUGUGAUGACAAUGUUGAAGUAGCUUCUAACAUAGUCAUGGAGUCCCAGAAAACUUACAGUAGGAGGAGACGAAAUAUCGACACCAGAGCGCUGGUAGCUCAACAUAACAACAAAGUUGGCAUACAGGCCCUCCAAGACACAGUAACACUGGAUUGCCGGUGUCACGGAAUGUCCGGCACGUGUGCCACCAAGACGUGCAUGAGGAAGAUGCCGCCCUUUUCAGUGGUAGGCGAUUACCUGGAGUACAAGUUCCACGGGGCCCGGCGAGUGAUCCACAAGAAGUCAGGUUACGGUCUGUUAGUAGCGUCUCCUGGUCGGAAAGAGCCACGGGAGCCUCGCCGAGAUGAGCUCCUGUACUACGAGAAGAGCCCCAACUUCUGCUCAGCAGAUCCAGCACUGAACUGGGCCGGGACAGUCGGACGGCGCUGUGUGAUUGCGUCGGACCCACGACAACGCGACCUGCACUGCGACGUGUUGUGUUGCAAAAGAGGGUAUUACACAUUAUUCGAGGUUAAGACUGUGGACUGUAACUGUAGACUUGAGAACUGCUGCUCUCUGACGUGUGACCGGUGUAACGUGACUGUCCCUAUCCAUUAUUGCAAUUAGACUGCUCCAUUUCUACCCUUUCAUAUUUUACUCUUCUAAGAGUUAAAACUUGACUUCCACCCGUGCCUCCGUGAGGCUUAUUAGUGCACAAAGCAAACAUUGACAAAUGGUGGACCAUAAACACAUUUUCAUACUAGCACUAAUAUUUCAUUAAUCAGAUUUACAAUUUUUGAUAGGCUAGUGUUAGUGUUACGUCGAUUCGCCAGAUUUACCAUAUAAUUUGAUUUACUUAAAUUCUUUGCAAAUAAAAACGCAAUAUUAUUGUAAUUUGGCGUUUUUCAAAUCAAAUAGGACUAGGUUAUACCCUUUGAAUUUGAUAUAUUUUAUUUAAAACUAGAAAGUAGACACAUUUCUGAUAUUCUUAGCAAUUAAGAUUUGAUAUCUUACCUAUGAAAACUGUCGCUUGAUAAUGACAGAUCGUUAAGUAUGUUCUGAGAUGUAAAUGGUGAGAGUGCUAGUAACUGUAGAAACUUGAGAUAAUUUUAUGGUUGGACUCCCUUAGAGUUAGAUCAUAGAUUCUGGAAUUUUGAUACUAUCGCAGCUAGCUAUGUUUUGUAUACAAAGACUAAAGCAGUGGAAUGUGUUUAUAAAUGUGUUGCUAUUUGUAAUUUAAUUUAUUUGUUUUAGUUGCAAAACUUG